CUCCCGGCGCGGGGGACGCUAGUGGCCAAGAUGGCGGCGGAGCUGGUGGAGGCUAAAAACAUGGUGAUGAGCUUCCGAGUGUCGGACCUACAGAUGCUUCUGGGCUUUGUGGGCCGCAGCAAGAGUGGGUUGAAGCAUGAGCUGGUGACCAGGGCCUUGCAGCUGGUGCAGUUCGACUGCAGCCCCGAGCUCUUCAAGAAGAUAAAAGAGCUGUAUGAGACACGCUACGCCAAGAAGAACGUGGAUCCCAGCCCACAGGCGCCACGGCCCCUGGACCCCCUGGCUCUGCACUCCAUGCCCAGGACUCCCCUGUCAGGGCCCACCGUGGACUACCCCGUGUUGUACGGGAAGUACUUGAAUGGACUGGGACGCCUGCCCACCAAGGCCCUUAAGCCUGAAGUGCGCCUGGUGAAGCUGCCCUUCUUCAACAUGCUGGACGAGUUGCUGAAGCCCACCGAGCUGGUCCCACAGAACGCAGAGAAGCUGCAGGAGAGCCCAUGCAUCUUUGCGCUGACGCCGCGGCAGGUGGAGAUGAUCCGCAACUCCAGAGAGCUGCAGCCUGGAGUGAAAGCCGUGCAGGUGGUGCUGAGGAUCUGCUACUCUGACACCAGCUGCCCACAGGAGGAUCAGUACCCACCAAACAUCGCUGUCAAGGUUAACCACAGCUACUGCUCAGUGCCGGGCUACUACCCUUCCAACAAGCCUGGUGUGGAACCCAAGAGACCCUGUCGACCCAUCAACCUCACCCACCUCAUGUAUCUGUCCUCGGCCACCAACCGCAUCACUGUCACCUGGGGCAACUACGGCAAGAGCUACUCCGUAGCCUUGUACCUGGUGCGGCAGCUGACCUCCUCAGACCUGCUGCAGAGGUUGAAGACGAUCGGUGUGAAGCAUCCAGAACUCUGCAAGGCGCUGGUCAAAGAGAAGCUUCGCCUAGACCCCGACAGUGAGAUCGCCACUACUGGAGUGCGAGUGUCCCUUAUCUGCCCACUGGUGAAGAUGCGGCUGUCGGUCCCCUGCCGCGCAGAGACCUGUGCACACCUGCAGUGCUUCGACGCAGUCUUCUACCUGCAGAUGAACGAGAAGAAGCCCACGUGGAUGUGCCCUGUGUGUGACAAACCCGCCGCCUACGACCAGCUGAUCAUAGACGGGCUGCUGUCGAAGAUCCUGAGUGAGUGCGAAGACGCAGACGAGAUCGAGUUCCUGGCCGAAGGCUCCUGGCGCCCAAUCCGUGCGGAGAAAGAGCCGAGCUGCAGCCCGCAGGGACCUAUCCUGGUACUUGGCACCUCGGAUGCCAACGGGCUCCCGCAGGCCUCCAGCAGCCCCGGCGUGGGAGGCAGCAUGAGCAGCGCACUGGGCGGUGCGGGCAGCGGGGCAGGGGCGGCAGGCGGCCCAGAGAACGGGAAGCCUGGCGCCGAUGUGGUCGACCUCACACUGGACAGCUCGUCUUCCUCGGAGGACGACGAUGACGAUGACGAGGAUGACGAGGAUGACGAUGAGGGCCCCCGGCCAAAGCGCCGCUGCCCAUUCCAGAAGGGUCUCGUGCCCGCCUGCUGACGCGCCGGCCUCCCCUGCCCACCCCUCCCUGGCUCCCGUAUCUCUGGACUCUCCUCUUGGGGGGAUUUAAAAAAAAAAAAAAACAGUAAAGUGACAAAAAUGAGAAAAGUACAAAACGAGAAAAAACAAGAGCAAAUCAACACAGGCCGGCAGCCCUCGGGCCACCUCCCGGAGCAGGCCCCGCGGGGCACAGGAGGGAUCUCGGACACUGGACAGGCAACGGCCGCGCUUGGCUGUUGUGCUUUUCCUGGCAUUGAGGCCGAGCCUGGAGCGCUGGCCUGGCCGCGAGCGUCUUUAGUUGAGAAGCCAUGGUGGGGCGGCGGGCCGGGGGACAGCAGCCACAAUGUGCAAUAACGUGGUGUCGCGGACCCGCGUGGCGUGGGGGGGGUGUCGUUUUCUAGCCAGCUACCUCGGUAACUCCAAUUCAUUCAGGUUCACUUCCCCACGGGGCAGCCCUGCUGCGGGCUCGGGCUCCUCAGCUGCCUCCCUGCCCGCGGGAGACUCGCUCUUCCACCGCCCGUCGCCCUCCCCACCCGACUCUGUCAGGAAGCAAUACCGGGUCUGGUCCGGAGCGGGCGGCCUGGCGGUGUCACCGCAUGAACUCGCCGGGAGGCCGGGGGCCCUGGCCAUCCGCGGCACUCUUUUCUAAUAUUUGUAUUCUAAUUUAAUUGUUUUUUUAAAAAUGCAAAUAAAA